AUGCUGGACAACGAGAACCCCACCAUUCUGAGCGUGUCUGAACUUCCUACACGCAGGGACAGACGGCAAAGAAAGGAUCAGCCGAAGAAGGAUUCAAUUAGGGACAAGUUGUAUGGGACGCCGGACUGGGAGAUGAAUCCGUACUACACGUUGGCAUAUUCAGAUGCUGACUCGGAUGACACAAACCUGGAACCCAUCGACGAGCAAGAAAUCUAUGACCUCAUUGCCCCAAUAUGCGACCCUGAACACCCUCUUUCACUCGAAUCACUUGGGGUAGUCAAGCUGCAAGACGUCCACCUCAUCUCGCCACUCGAUCCAGCGAAGCCCGCUGCUCUCUCGCGUGUCCUCGUCGAGCUCACCCCCACCGUUUCGCACUGUUCACUCGCAACUGUCAUUGGCCUUGGCGUCAGGGUUCGUUUGGAAAAAGCUUUACCCCCAAGUUUCCGGGUUGAGGUCAAGAUCAAGAAAGAUACCCACGGACAGGCCGAAGAGGUUAAUAAACAGCUCGCAGAUAAGGAGCGGGUUGCAGCUGCACUGGAGAACAAGAGCCUCAUGGGCAUACUGAGGAAAAUGAUGCAACCGUGCAUAGAACCUCAAUACCAAUAG